UUUCAAGAAAUAAUUUUUACGAUCAACAUGAAAGAGGCACCUUGGUCCGAUCAAGAUACUUUACGUCUUCCGAAUAAAGAAGAAAGAUUGGCCAAGGAAAUACUACAAUUUGAAAAGUAUAUAUCACCAACUAAAGAAGAACUACAGGGAAGACUUGCAACUGAAAAAAUGAUCGAACGCUUAGUGAAAGCCAUUUAUCCUGAUGUCAAGAUAGAAUGUUUUGGUUCUCAUGUAACUGGUUUACUAUUACCUUCAAGUGAUAUAGAUAUUGUAAUACAUUGUGAUUCUUCUAUUGGUACAGAAAAAUCUGUGAUUAAUCGUAUCAAACGAGUCCUAUUAAAGCAAGGUGUAUUUUCUUUUGAUGAAAUCGUUCAUAUUCCUUUUGCCAAGGUACCUGUUCUAACAAUUGAUUCUUUAAGAUAUACAGUGGCUAUUGAUAUUACUGUCAAUAAUAUUGCACCUAGUUCUAAUCGUACUUCUUUAUGGAUUAAACAAUACCCUGAACUCAAACCUUUAUAUCUGGUUCUCAAACAUGCUCUUCAAUCUGUACAACAUCCUCGAGAAAAUUUUAUGCCAAUGUCAUCAAAAUCAAAUGGAUUAGCUAGUUACGCUUUGGUGUGUCUGAUUGUGAACUUUUUAUCAGUAGAAGCUGAAAAAUUAGGAUGUAUCAAAUCAUCACCUACUUAUUAUGCGAAUUUGUUAGUGGAAUUCUUGGACUUUUAUGCAAAUUUCAACUUCGCUACAACUGGUAUUCAAUUUGACUCUACAAACCCUUAUUUUGAAAAGGGAUAUCUACCUCCACUGGCAAUUCAAGACCCUGAUGUUGAAGGUAGCAAUAUUGGUAGGAGCUGCAGUAUGAUCGCCGAAGUACAAGAAUGCUUUUCAUUUUUAUUGGACACUCUGCUAGAAAACAAAAAGGAUGGGCCACCCAAUUCAAUCUUGGAACGCAUUAUACCAGUAUCACAACAACUACCAUUGGAUGGUACUCAACGAUUAGAAGGACGCAAUUACAAAGUACAACCUUUACCCAUGUUGUGUUCAGCAUCCUUAGAAAAAGCACAGUCAGAAAAACGAAUACGAAACAUGCAGCAAAGACAAAAACGGCGACAACUACGAUCAUUAAAACGACAGAAGCGCAAUAAUGAUAACGAUCAAGCUAGAGAUAGUUACAACGAUAACGACGAUUAUGAUUGUGAUGAAAGGAACAAUAAAAAGCGAAAACGAUUACCUGAAUGGGAUAAUUAUGUGGGCGAUACUUCCUUUGUACCUCUUGGCAAGACGAAAACAAAACAAAAGGAUGGUGACAAAUACAGCAAGAAAUUAAAAGGUCGCCAUAUCUAUUUUUGAUAACGAAGUACUCGGUAUAAAACAUUCGUAGUUUAUUUUUCUCACUUGUUAUUUUAUCUAAUUAGAUUCGUCUGUAUACAUGAAAAAUACUAGAUUAUUCUUAUAUAUUUAUUUAAUCUACUACAUAUUCCCUUUCUGCAUUUGUAUCAAAAUAAAAGCAUCCAUUUUUUUUUUUUUCGUUACAUAUACCUUUUUAUUUACA